CAGAUGCCAAAAGAAGUGUUUGAUUGGUCAUCAAGCAUGAUUAAUCAGCACCUUGCAGUUCAGAAUUCUCAAUCAGAAGAAAUUCAUUUGAGUAUGCCCAGUGUUGCUCUUGAUUCAACGUCCUCAGAUGCCAACCAAGUGUCUGUAGAAAAUGGAGUGUAUACUGCCACCAGAAGUCAGUCUUUACCCAGCUUUUUUCCAGUAAUUGCAGAUGAAGUAAUGCAAUAUCUUACAUCACCAAUAUGUAAAGAAAGGAUAACUCAAGCAGUGAAGAAUGAACUCAAACGUUCUCUUUCUGGAAAUGACCUUCCAUCAUCAAAUCUGAAUGUGGGGCCUGAGGAAAGGAGAGCUAUAAGGAACAUGUUUAAAAAAGUGUCCAAAGAACUAAGUCACAUACUGUCGAGAGAACGCAUUCUUUCCCUUUGGCCGAAUGAGACAACAGGGCCCUCCCCUGACCAUGAUACUCUUCUCAGUCAAGUCAAUGCAGUUGCAUUACAACUAAUUGAGACAGUGUUUAGUGAAGUCAAGGAACAACUUGUCAAUAAAAUAAAGCAGGAAUCUCCAAAGAGGGGAAUUACUCCACUGGGCAGUCAGACAACAAUAAAAGCUGUAUGCACAUCGUUAGAAGGACAUGAAAAUGACCCUGGGGAAUGAAAUGUCCUUUGCUUCUGCCAGUGGAAUGUUGCUGUCUGUGAGUUCUGAAAACGCAAAAGUUGGCACAGUUGUUCAAAGCCAGGUGGACACCAUGGCUGAGACCACUGGUGCUCCCAGUGGUUUAGAAGCUUUCAAGACUGAAGGAUCUAAAUCAGUCAUCUUACAGGAAGCUGAAAUCUCUUCAUUAGAGAUGUUUACAAAUGAGGUUGAGACGCUGGCAGGUGCUAGUGGUGCUCUCUCUGGUUCUUCAUCCCCCAAAAACAGCUUGGGAGUUUUCAAGAUUGAAGAAUUCCGAUCAGUCAUCAUACAGAAAGCUAAAGUCUCUGCAGCUAGUCCUGCGCUCUCUAAUGCUUCUCCUUCCUCCAGUUGUUUAGAGGUUUUCAAGACUGAAGAAUCUCGAUCAGUCAUCUUACAGGAAGCUGAAGUCGCUACACUAGUGAUGUCUGUAGAAGAGGUUGAGACGCUGGCAGGUGCUAGUGGUGCUCUCUCUGGUUCUUCAUUCCCCUCUACCAGCCUGGAAGUUUUCAAGACUGAAGAAUCUCGAUCAGUCAUUAUAGAGGAAGCUAAAGUCUCUACACUAGAGAUGUCUGCAGAAGAGGUUGAGAUGCUGGCAGGUGCUAGUCCUGCGCUCUCUAAUGCUCUUCCUUCUUCCAGUUGUUUAGAAGUUUUCAAGACUGAAGAAUCUCGAUCAGUCAUCUUACAGGAAGCUGAAGUCGCUACACUAGUGAUGUCUGUAGAAGAGGUUGAGACGCUGGCAGGUGCUAGUGGUGCUCUCUCUGGUUCUUCAUUCCCCUCUACCAGCCUGGAAGUUUUCAAGACUGAAGAAUCUCGAUCAGUCAUCAUAGAGGAAGCUAAAGUCUCUACACUAGAGAUGUCUGCAGAAGAGGUUGAGAUGCUGGCAGGUGCUAGUCCUCAGCUCUCUAAUGCUCUUCCUUCCUCCAGUUGUUUAGAAGUUUUCAAGACUGAAGAAUCUCGAUCAGUCAUCUUACAGGAAGCUGAAGUCGCUACACUAGUGAUGUCUGUAGAAGAGGUUGAGACGCUGGCAGGUGCUAGUGGUGCUCUCUCUGGUUCUUCAUUCCCCUCUACCAGCCUGGAAGUUUUCAAGACUGAAGAAUCUCGAUCAGUCAUCAAUCAGGAAGCUAAAGUCUCUACACUAGAGAUGUCUGCAAAAGAGGUUGAGAUGCUGGCAGGUGCUAGUCCUGCACUCUCUGGUGCUUCUUAUUCCUCGAAUGGUUUAGACAUUUUCAAGACUGAAGAAUCUCAAGCAGCCAUCUUACAGGAAGCUACACAAGAGAUCUCUUCAGAUACAGUUGAGGUGCUGGCAGGUGCCAGCAGCACUCCAUCUGUUGCUUCAUCCUCUCCCAGCAGUUCUCAGUGUUCUCGAUCACAGGAGAUUCAAUUGAGUGUGCCAAGUUUUACUCUUGAAUCAACAGGCUUAGACACCAACCGAGUCUAUACUACCAUCAAAUCUCAAUCUUUGCCCUGCCUUUAUCCAGCUAUUGCAAACGAAGUAAUUCAAUAUUUUACUACAUCAUUUAAGUACAGGAUCACUCAAGCAGUGAAGUAUGAACUCAAACGUACUUUUUCUGUAAAAGACUUGUCAUCCACACCACAACCAAAACUGGGGCCUGAGGAGAGGAGAGCUAUAAGGACCACGCUUAAAACAAUAUCAAAAGAACUAAAUGCUUUAAUGUCAAGAGAACAUAUUCUCUCCCUUUUGUCAGUUGAAACAGCUGCUUGUGGCUCACCUGAGCACGAUGUUCUUCUUGAUCAACUCAAUGCAGCUGCAUCACAACAAAUAGAGGCAGUGUUUAGUGAAGUUAAGGAAAACCUUGCCACUAAAAUAAACCAAGAGUCUUCUAAAAGGGGAGUAUCUCCAUUGGCCAGUCAAACAGCAAUGCAAGCUGUAUGCAAGUCAUUAGAAGAUAUAAAAAUGACUUUGAUUGGGGAUGAAAUGAGUGUCCCCUCUGCCAGUGGAAUACAGCUGUCUGUGAGUUCUGAGGACACCAAUGUUGUUCAUGAAAUGUCAAGUGCAAACAACAUGUUACCUGGAGCAAAAACUCCAUCAACAAUUUCUCUCGGUUCUCAGACACCACAUGCUGCCACUAAGAGUUUGUCACUUCCCAAUUUUUAUCCCAUUAUUGCUAAUGAAGUUCUUCAGCAUUUCUCUACAACAUCAUUUAAGGACCAUGUUCGUCAAAUAUUGAAAAAAGAAUAUAAACGUUCACAAUCUUUGAAUGACAUAACAUCAGUACCACAACAGAAACAGGGGCCAGAGGAGAGGCAUUUUACAAGGGACAUGCUAAGAAGUGUAUCUAGAGAGCUAAAUGCUUCAAUGUCCAGACAAAGUGAAUCCAUGUCGCCUGAGACUCUAAGGCCCUCUUCGGCACCUAUAGAUGACACGCUCCUACGGCUUAAUGCAGUUGCAUUAAAACUUAUCAAUAGAGUUUAUGGCCAAGUCAAGGAAAAACUGACUGCUGCAAUCAAACAAGAAUCUCCAAAGAGGGGGUUGUCUUUUGUGGCUAGUCAGACAGCAGUUAAGGCUGCUUGCAGAACAUUAGAUGUUAUCGAAAGGACUCUCAUAGAUGGGGCUAGAAGCCCUUCCACCUCACCUUUGCAACUUCAAAAGAGCAAGGAUCUUGAAAGGGAGAUAGCUUCUGAGGAAACCUUAGAGGUAGAAAAUUCAUCAUCCAGUAUUGAUGUCGUCACUGAUGAACUGAUUGAGAAUGUGGUUACUAGCAUCUUUUUGGACACCGACUCUGCACUAUCUAGUAGGGCUGGUACACCUACUCAAAGAGUUGGAGGAGGCACGUGGUUAAAUGAAGUAGUCAAGCAGUCCGUAAACAUGUCACCUACAGGAAGCAAGGCAUAUAGUACAAAGAGUCCAGAUGAUAACAAUGUCUCACUCCCUCUAGGAUCUUUCACUCACUUGCUGCCCAGAAUUACAGAUGAAAUUCUGGAACAUUUUUCCACGGCAUGCUUCAAAGACUGCAUAAUUCAGUCUGUGAAUAAUGUGAUGGGACAGCGUGUGUCUGCAGUCAAUAUCAAAGACAUAAUGGAGGUUAUAGUUAAGAGUGUUUAUCACAAAAUGGCUCUGUUGAUAAAUAGAAACACUGCAGACUCUCAGAUUGUUGAACACGAAAUCCCAAAACCGGAAAUGAAGGAACUUCCUGUCCUAGAAGUUGAGGAUCCAUGGUCUGCUCAUGAGUUGGCCAGUACUAUUAAACAGAUCACUGUGGCAGCUCUUAACCACUUGAGUACCCAGCUUAAAGAUAAAAUAAAACAGAAAUCCAGCAGUCAGGAAGAAAGUGAGUUAGUUAUCAAUGCACUGAGUGAAACUUUGGGAACUAUGGUUGCAUGCAUCAGCAACAUUCAGUUUUUCAGCGAAGAGUUACAUUGUUACAUUUGUAAGAUAAACAACAUUCCCACUCAGAAAUUGAUAGGACAGUGGAUAUCAUUAUCUAAACUAGACUUCAUUUCUAUAUGUCUAGCAACAUCCGUGUUAGAUGUUGUAUAUCAUGAUGACAGUGCAACUACCUCUAAUUCGAAAACAUCACAGAAUGAGCUUGAAGCAAAUAGUCAGUCAUCAGAAUCUAUUAUUGCUCCUUCAAAACCAGUAUGCCCUGCUACUAAAAUGUCAUUUCGAGCCAGGAAGUGGUCAUCAUGCUCAACCUUUCAGAAGUCUGCAGACACUGCACAAACCAUUGCAGUUUACAGCAAAAGCCUUGAAGUUUUGCCCAGGACUGACAUGAAGAGUGACAAUGAGGACCGACUUGUAACCGCCUCAAAAUCGGUCAUGAAUUUCAGCGAGGAGCUGCAAAUGGACUAUACAAUGCAGCCUAAACCUCCAUGCAAAAAAAGUGAUCAGUCUUUCCAAAAUCUACCAGCUUCGAACCACAAAAACUUUCGGUAG